AUGGAUCCUUCUGAAGAAGAAGGCAACGGGGCUGCUGUGGCUCCAGAAGCUCUGCCCCCGCCUCCACCUGUUACCGAGAAUGUUAAUCCUAUCAAAGUCGUACCAGAAGAAGAAGUUGUGAAGAUUAUCCGUGCUCCUAUGGCCAGACGAGGCCUCGGGACCAAAGGAAAUAAAAUUCCCAUUCUGACUAAUCACUUCAGAGUCAACGUGACUAAUGUUAACGGGCACUUCUUUCAUUACAGUGUUGCGCUUUUUUACGAAGAUGGCCGCCCGGUUGACGGAAAAGGAAUUGGCAGGAAAGUGCUCGACAGGGUUCAUGAGACAUAUGGUUCUGAGUUGGCUGGAAAAGAUUUCGCUUAUGAUGGAGAAAAGAGUUUGUUCACUGUUGGUGCACUUCCACUAAAUAAAAUGGAGUUCACUGUUGUUCUUGAGGAUGUCAAGUCUAGCAGGAACAAUGGGAAUGCCAGCCCUGGUGGGCCUGGCAGUCCUAAUGAGAGUGAUAAGAAAAGGGUUAGGCGCCCAUACAACUCCAAGACCUUCAAAGUGGAGUUAAGUUUUGCUGCGAAAAUCCCUAUGCAGGCCAUUGCAAACGCUUUGCGUGGACAAGAAUCCGAAAAUUCUCAAGAAGCCCUCAGGGUUUUGGAUAUCAUAUUAAGGCAGCAUGCGGCAAAGCAAGGUUGUCUGCUUGUUCGUCAGUCAUUUUUCCAUAAUGACGUAAAUAACUUUGCGGAGGUUGGUGGGGGAGUUCUCGGCUGCCGUGGUUUCCAUUCGAGCUUCAGAGCAACACAAAGUGGCUUAUCUUUGAACAUUGACGUGUCUACGACUAUGAUUAUCCAGCCUGGGCCUGUGGUUGACUUUCUGAUUGCCAAUCAAAAUGUGCGAGAUCCCUUCUCAGUUGACUGGUCAAAGGCAAAGCGCACACUCAAGAAUUUGAGGGUGACAACGAGUCCCAGUAACCAGGAGUUCAAGAUAACUGGGAUAAGUGACAAGAAUUGCAGGGAGCUAACGUUCCAACUGAAGCAGAAAUCAAAAGAAGGGGAUGGAGAGACCACAGAAAUCACAGUCUAUGACUACUUCGUCAAAUACCGGAACAUUGACUUGCGAUAUUCUGCGGAUCUGCCGUGCAUUAAUGUCGGGAAGCCCAAACGCCCCACUUACUUCCCUCUUGAGCUGUGCUCUCUCGUGUCCCUUCAAAGGUACACAAAAGCUUUGUCUACGUUUCAAAGAUCAUCACUGGUGGAGAAAUCUCGACAGAAACCACAUGAGAGGAUGUCUGUUUUGAGCAAUGCUUUGAAAAUCAAUAACUAUGAUGCAGAGCCUAUGCUUCGUGCUUGUGGCGUUUCUAUUAACAACAACUUUACUCAGAUUGAAGGGCGUGUUUUGCAGCCGCCGAAGGUCAAAGUUGGCAAUGGAGAAGAUUUGUUUACUCGCAACGGGAGGUGGAAUUUUAAUAAUAAGAAAUUCGCGAGUCCAUGCAAGGUGGAAAGGUGGGCAGUGGUGAACUUUUCUGCACGCUGUGAUGUGCGUGGUCUGAUUAGAGAUUUGAGCAGGAUUGGUGAAUCGAAAGGAAUAAAUGUGGAAGCCCCAUUUGACGUUUUUGAAGAAAAUAAUCAGCACAGGCGGGCCCCGCCAGUUAUUAGGGUUGAGAAAAUGUUUGAGUUAGUGCAAUCCAAGCUUCCUGGUCCACCAAAGUUUCUACUCUGUUUGCUUCCCGAGCGGAAAAACUGCGACAUAUACGGCCCGUGGAAGCGUAAAAACUUGGCAGACUUUGGGGUUGUUACUCAGUGCCUGGCUCCCUCACGAGUGAACGAUCAAUAUCUGACUAAUCUCAUGCUGAAGAUCAAUGCAAAGCUUGGAGGGCUGAACUCUGUGUUGGCUGGUGAGCUGUCGCCUUCAGUGGCAAUUCCUAUGGUGUCUAAGGCUCCCACUCUCAUACUCGGCAUGGAUGUCUCACAUGGAUCGCCUGGACAAUCUGAUAUCCCUUCAAUUGCUGCGGUUGUUAGCUCAAGGCAGUGGCCAUCAAUAUCUCGUUAUAGGGCAUGUGUCCGAACUCAAUCCCCAAAGGUUGAAAUGAUAGAUUCCCUGUUCAAACGUGUGUCUGACACUGAAGACGAUGGUAUAUUGAGGGAAGCUCUCAUUGAUUUCUAUAUCAGCUCUAACAAGAUGAAGCCUGACCAAAUCAUCAUAUUCAGAGAUGGUGUGAGUGAAUCACAAUUCAACCAAGUUCUGAACAUUGAAUUGGACCAAAUUAUAAAGGCUUGUAAGUUCCUCGACGAGAAAUGGUCCCCCAAGUUUGUCGUGAUUGUUGCUCAGAAAAAUCACCACACAAAAUUCUUCCAAGCAAAUUCUCCCGAUAACGUGCCCCCAGGGACGAUAAUUGAUGAUAAAGUGUGUCACCCCAGGAACAAUGACUUCUACCUAUGUGCACAUGCAGGAAUGAUUGGAACAACCAGGCCAACACAUUAUCAUGUGCUGCUAGACGAGGUUGGUUUUUCUGCUGAUGAGUUGCAGGAGCUUGUUCACUCCCUCUCAUAUGUGUACCAGCGCAGUACCACUGCUAUAUCUGUUGUUGCACCGAUUUGCUAUGCUCACCUGGCGGCCACCCAACUGGGCAUGUGGAUGAAGUUUGAAGAAGCAUCAGAGACUUCGUCGAGCCAGAAUGGGUCCGGGGCCGGUGGGGUCCCGGUUGUGGCCCCAAUGCCCAAGCUGAAAGAAAAUGUCCGCAACUCCAUGUUCUUCUGUUAG